UCCGCAGCCCUCGGCGCCUGCCACGAAGGCGCCGCCAUCGAAGGCCUCUGCCUCACCAAGGAGAAGCCCUCAGACGCGCCAUCCUCCUAUACCACCUUCUUCCACACAACAUCCAGCGCCCAGCCCCCCCUGGAAAACCCCGGCAUCCUCUACUGGAACCUGUCCAUCGGUAACAACAUCACUUAUCCGUCCGCCAUGCGCUUCAGCAUCGAUGUCACCUCCAACGUCGCCCUCCCCAUCUUCAUGCCCGGCAACUCCAGUUACACCGCCGUCAACUUCGCCGACGACGGAUGCAUGUACAUUCCAAAGUCCGUGGACGAUACCGUCAGCCCGCCCGGCUACUUCAGCCCGCCGAAGAAGCUCACGGAGUGGUAUGUGUGUUUGACGAGGUAUGGGUAUCUGUACCAGACGCUGGUGUGGAAGAUUGGCGUGCAGGGGAAGCCGCAGAAUCCGAGUUGCCAGAAGGUGGAGGUCUAUCGGAAGUUUAAUUGA